AUGAAAACAUUUCUGACCCAAGGGUCUGUUUGUUUCAUUGUUGGCCCAGAGCUGGAUACCCUGGAGGUUCCUCCUCUCACCCCAACCAGUAAGGAGGUCCUCAGCCAGGCCGUGAAGGCCAGUUUUGCUGGAUUUGCCCAGGAGAGAAUCAACCAUCACAUUCCACGGGAUCCUACCUUGUGGUCUGAGUGGGAAGUGAACUACUGGCUGGACUGGUGCCAGGCUGAGUUUGGUCUCCACUGCCUGGGUUCAGACCUGCGAGGCCUGCAUGGUGGUGAGCUGUGUGGCCUGGACAGAGAGGCUUUCCUGGGCCUGAUGUCCGACUGCACUGCAGCAGAGAUCCUGUGGGAGCAUCUGGAGGACAUGAAGAGAGAAAAUUACUCAGACUACAUUCAGGAGCAUUCAGACAGACAUGGUUAUCAUGUUCAGUAUCAUCCCACCGAGAGGACAGACCUUCACCCUCUGGAACCUGUAAAUGUACAAGAUCAAGACUACUAUCAGGUGAAAAGAGCAGAUCCCUGCAGGGACAUGAACACCGCUGCUCUGCAGGAGACCCGAGGGAACCAAGAUGAACGAUGCCAUUCACAGCAGCAGGUAGUACAGUACCUGUUCAGCAACAAACAAAAGACAGUCAGUGUUAGCAACCGGCUGAUGGACAUAGUGGAGCAUUUGGCAGCUAAAGAGCCAGUGUUUGUAGAGACAGUCUCUGAAGUGGAAAUUGCUCACAGUGACGACUCUGACAUCAUGGGCUCUAUGUUGUGGACUGCUCCCCUUCAGGAUAUAGAGACAGUGACGGAGGAGACUGUCUCUGAAGAUGUCUUCACUUUACCACAGCCACACAGGAGCUUUAAAGAAUAUGUGGGCAACAAAACCGAUCUGGGCAGAGCCGUGAUACCAGCAGCUAUCCUUGCUGGUUACACCGGAAGUGGUCCCAUUCAACUGUGGCAGUUUCUGCUGGAGCUUCUCACAGACCGCAGCUGUCAGUCAUGUAUAAGCUGGACAGGAGAUGGGUGGGAGUUCAAGCUGACGGACCCUGAUGAGGUGGCCCUGCUGUGGGGUCGGAGGAAGAACAAACCCAAGAUGAACUACGAGAAGCUCAGUCGUGGUCUGAGAUACUACUACGACAAGAACAUCAUCCGCAAGACAGCCGGCAAGCGCUAUGUCUACCGCUUUGUCUGCAACCUGGAAGGCCUGCUGGGAUAUGAGCCUGGGGAGCUGCACGCCAUGUUGGACAUCAGUAACAAGACUCAACAAUGACCUCAACAAACAAGGAGCAAAGAGACACUUUUAGAGAUCCUUCAGUUUUUUUAACUGAAAGAGAACUGACCAUCUGCUGUUCAGAAGGUGAUACACAUUGUAUAUACAGCUAAAGUAUUCAUACCCCUGGAACUUUUCCAUAUUUUGG